AUGUCAGACAAACUAUCUACAAGGUUUAGGCCACUCAAUCAUUAUGGCCCAGUCACAGCAUUAAAGAUUUACAAGAACUAUAUUAUUGUCGGUUAUGGACCAACUUUAAAAAUUUUUCACAUCAAUGAUGAGGCCAGUCUUAUUUUUGACAAACAAGUGUUCCAUAGAAACAAGAUUCAUCAUAUUGAUAUCAAUGCCGAGAACGACACGGUUGUUAUUAGUGGUGGACGCUCGUUUCUUGUUCUGCUGUUGGCAGAGUUGAUAGACACUAAAAGCGUAUCUGCGAUGGAACACACAAUCAAUGAGUGGAUUGUCACUUCCUACGUUUUGGACGACAAGCACAUACUAUUGCUAAACUCCCACAACACAAUUAUAAAGAUCGACACAACCAACUUUUCGGUGGUGGAUAAAAUCGAUUGCAAGGAGAAAUCGAUAUUGUACAGCGGGUCAAUUACAAAACUACCAAGCGGUGAUAUCUAUGUCGCCGCUGGUACAGUGAUGAACGGAACGAUCAUCUGGGACUUGUACAGUCAAACAAUCAAACACAACUUGACUGAUCACGAAGGGUCUAUUUUUGGAAUCAAAAUUGACCCAUCAGGACAGUAUAUUGUAUCGUGUUCGGACGACAGGUCAAUUAAAUUGUACAGCUUUAAUGAAGGGAAAUUACUAGCAACCGGUUGGGGACAUGGAUCGAGAAUUUGGUCCCUAGAGUUUUUCAGUGGGAAGCCCCUAAAAAUAAUGUCCUGUGGGGAGGACUGUACCAUGCGUAUGUGGGAGUAUACGCCUGGCCACGAAUUACUCGAACAAAUAGAAUUGUGGGAAAAUUUCCACCGUGGGAAACACAUUUGGAGUGGUGAUGUCGAUAAUGCCGAUUUGAAAAUUGCCGUAACCGGUGGCGCAGAUGGGAAAGUCAGAGUCCAUGACUUGACCCGGCAAAACCGUCAAAGGUUUUCAUUAUCAGAAAUAUCAUCCACCAUCAGUCUCAGCAAGACUGAUUUUAUUAGAGAUUAUUUUGAGUUGCUGGGAUUUCUUGUCUUGUUAAUGUCAAAUGGUUAUUUGCUCAUACGUAGGGACAACAAAUUUACCAGCUUGGGCCAUUUUGCAGAAUUUGAUGGGUUUGGAGUUGUUAGUGGAUUUGCUGAACUUGGCGUGGUACUAAUCUGUGCUAGAGAUGGAAGAAUUUUGUCUAUUGAUGACAGUGCUACUCCAACAUGGAUCACUACCCCAACCAGCAACAAGAUAGUUAACAUGUUGCUCGACACAAGCUAUGGCAGAUACUUUGUGUUGCUUGAAAGUCCAAACCCGAAUGUUCCAUUUACACUCCACGAAUUGACGCUCACCAUGACGGGCUUGCAGAUGUCCCAAACAUGGGACAUUCCUAAACCGGAGCCGAGAUUUAGUGUAACUGCCAUGGCAGUAGAUACAGUCCACCACAAACUCAUCUUGGCAUCGAAGAAAGUUACUAUUGGAAUAUUUGAUUUGGAAACGCUGGUAGCAUCUGUGUUUAAGAAAAUAUCGCCAGGCGAUUCAGUUUCGUCGUUGUCGAUUAUUACCACAACUCCAGAAAGUCUCCAAGUAUUGAUUGUUGCUAGAGAUGGGUUCUACACUAUUGCUGAAAUAACCCCCGCUUUGUCACUAAACAUCUUGCAGCAGAACAAAAUCACUAGAGGGGUAAUUGAAGGUGGGUUUAUGCACAACAACGAGUUGGUGUUGUACGGCUUUAAAUCAUCAUACUUUUUCGUAUGGAACGAAACCAAGCAGAUUGAGAUCAUGAAUGAGCAGUGUGGUGGGAGUGGACACAGACACUAUAAGUUCUAUCACGAUGAGGCAAAGCACUUUAGAUUUAUCUACACUUUGAAAAGCGAGUUAUGUAUACGCACCCACCACGUACGAUUCAACGACACGUUUGGGUUGAUUCAGAAUGGUACUCAUGGCCGUGAGAUACGUGAUGUGACAAUUUCCAGCGACCAUAAACUAGUGGCAACAUCGUCUGAAGAUUCGUCAAUAUGUCUCAGUAAAUUGUCCGACGAUGGCAAACUCGUAAACAUUUGGAACAUGACCAACCACGUCUCGGGAAUGCAGAAGAUUAAAUUUUUAAGCAAACAUUUUAUUGCCAGCUCGGCUGCCAAUGAAGAGUUUAUUAUAUGGAAAUUGAGUUGGUCGGGAGAACUCCCCAUGCUUAUGGAGUAUAACCGAUUAAACCCGACCAAGGAGAUACCAGAUUUGCGUGUAAUGGAUUUCAGCUCGAUAGAGAAUGAUGUGGGGUUUACCAUCGCCACGGUUUAUUCAGACUCCAACAUUAAGGUAUGGCAGUUUGAUUUUGACACUGGGUUCCACUUGCUUAAUUCAUGGUUUUAUUCUACGUGCUGCAUUUUGAAUUGUCAAUUUCUAAACAACCACCAUUUACUUAUUGGCACUACUGAUGGGUGUGUGACAAUCUACGACACAACCACUGCAAAAGCAGUGGCAAAAGAAAAGCUCCAUCAAAGUGGUGUCAAGGCGAUAGGCAUCCACCAAGACUAUUUGAUUACCGGUGGGGAUGACAACGCAAUAACAGUCUCGCAAGUCAACAACACAUCUAUCAAACUUAUUGAUCGAGUGGAAGACGCAGCCUCUGCGACCAUCACCUCCAUUGGGUAUGUCGACAACAAAUCAUUUAUCGCCACCUCAGUUGACCAGAUUGUUAGAUUAUGGACAUUCUCACUGGGCAAAUUAGUUUGCACAGGAGCAAGAUAUACUACAAUUGCCGACACUGGGUGCUGCGACACAACUACAGUAAACAACAAAACACUAGCAGUGAUUGGAGGCGCUGGUAUCAGUACAUGGGAAAUCGUGUAUUAA